AUGAUUUCGUUAACGUUGGUGUACUUUAUAUCAGCUAUUUUUGUUACGACUGUGAACAGCUACCCGCAGGGAGCUCCCACGCAAACAGAGGCGUGCGUCAAUCUUCAGCCCGUCCACAGGGAGCGACAGACACAGCAACGUAUCCCUAACCGACAAGAAAAGGCACCAUAUAGAGUUCUGUUAUCUCAACAGUAUUACGUGGCGUGCCAGAACCUGGCUAUAUGUCAACAGAGACCAAUACAAGUUAUAAUACGAGGAAUUCCGAAUCAGCAGAUUCCGGGCGCGGGUGGACGAGGUACUCCUUUCCGGGGAUUUAUAAUACAGGCUAGGACGCCUUCCGGUGGGACCCGAGCAUGGGGUCGAUUUAUUCCCCAGCAAUCACGUGAUUUUAAGACCAUCGCAUGUCAAAAUGGACCGACACUCACCCACACUAUAAAUAGUGACAAACAGGAAGUCAGGUUUAACUGGAUACCGGAACCAGGCAUGCGCGAACAAGUACAGUUUGUGGCCACUAUUGUACAGAACUUGAGGACAAUUUAUCCCUUAGUAUACUCAGAUAUCGCAAAGCCUACCACCUUGAUUAGCAGUGGUACAACGACAAAAGCAGGACUCAGCAUGAUAUUGGCUUCUUUCGUGAUGACAUUAUUGUAA